AUGCCAAAGGCCAAGACGGUGCUGCCGAGGGUUCCGCUCCACUGCAGCUGCGGUGCCACAACUGACACCGCAACCUGGGGCAGAUUCCUUUACUCCAUACGUGGAGAAGAACGCGUUCCUGAGGGAGGAAAGUGCGCCUUAUGCGUUAACUUUGCACGGCGCAUGAAGAGGAAAGGCCAAAAGAAAGUGACGGCAAAGAUGAGGGCGCAGCAGUUCGCGAGAGCAAACGGAGCACUGCAACAGGCAAAAGGGCUUCUGCGAGCCGUGGAGGAUAUGCUGCUGAACGCAGCCGCAAACUCUGGCCAAGACGUGAGAGCCUUGCUCCAGGAUGAAGGUUGA